CCUCCUCGCCACGCCCCCGCCCGGUGAUGCGCAUCCGGUGGGUUGCCCGGCGCCGCAGCGGACGAGUCGGGAGCGGCUUGAGGGGGAAGGCGCUCGGAUAGCGGUACCAGGCGUAGCAUGCACACCGACCGCUGACUGGCUCACUCACUCACUCAGCAUGGCCGAGAAAGGGAGACUCAGCUUCACCGGCUCGUCUGGUCUCAACAAACCCGUGCCUAUGAAUCUCUUUGCCACCUGGGAGAUAGACGGCUCCUCGUCCAGCUGUAUACCCAGAUUGUGCAGCUUAACACUCAAGAAACUGGUUGUCAUAAAGGAAUUGGACAAGGAACUUACUUCAGUUGUAAUUGCUGUUAAAAUGCAGGGUUCAAAAAGAAUCUUAAGAUCGCAUGAGAUUAUACUGCCGCCUUGUGGCCUGGUGGAGACCGACCUCGCACUAACCUUCUCACUGCAGUAUCCACAUUUUCUCAAAAGGGAGGGCAACAAACUGCAAAUCAUGCUUCAGAGACGAAAGCGGUACAAGAACCGGACCAUUCUGGGAUACAAGACUCUGGCUGUUGGUUCCAUUAGCAUGGCUGAGGUAAUGCAGCAUCCAACAGAAGGUGGCCAAGUCCUCACCCUGCUCAGUAACCUAAAGCAAGCUGCAAUAAAAGUGGCAGAAAUCUGGAUCUUUGCGUUGUCCAGCCAGCCAAUUGAUCAUGAGGACAGUGCAAUGCAGCCUGGUCAAAAAAUAAAAUCAACAGAUAACUACUCAGAAGAAGAGUAUGAAAGUUUCUCUUCUGAGCAGGAAGCCAGUGAUGAUGCAGUCCAAGGACAAGAUAUGGAAGAUGAUGAAUAUGAUAUGGGUAAGCCAAAAAAACAAAGGAGGACAAUCGUGAGAACAACCUCAAUUACAAGGCAACAGAACUUCAAGCAGAAAGUAGUCGCUUUACUAAGGAGGUUCAAAGUUUCAGAUGAGGUCCUUGACUCGGAGCAGGAUCCCACAGGUAACGUGCAAGAAGUGGAAGAGGACUUAGACCUGCUGUACGAUAGCCUGGAUGUGGAGAAUCCCAGUGACAGCGGCCCUGAUAUGGAUGACGAUGACAGUGUACUCAGCACUCCAAAACCAAAGCUCAAACCCUACUUUGAAGGCUUGUCUCACUCCAGCUCUCAGACCGAAAUUGGCAGCAUCCACAGCUUGAGGAGCCAGACCCGGGAGCCACCCAGUCCUAUAGAUGUACCUGAAAAGCUCAAAAACUCUCCAAGCAAAUUUCACAUUGACAGCAUUUCUGAUUUGCCAUCAGCUGAUCAAAUACGCCAGGAAGAGGCAGCAGUGGGAUCAGAAAGCAUCAAUGCAGACACCUUCCUAGAAAAGCUGCCUCCCAGCGGAAAAAUCACAAAGACUGAAUCAUUGAUUAUUUCAUCUAGUAGGUCUGAGGGGAAACAACCAGGACGACGUGGAAGAAGCACAUCCCUGAAAGAGCGCCAGCCUGCCCGGCAGCAGAACGAGCGGGCAAACAGCUUGGAUAAUGAGCGCUCACCAGACACACGGCAGCACUUGCAGGGCACUUCUUUGACAUUGCUGAACAGCGUGAAGAGAGCCGCAUUCACUCAAAUCCGUCACUGUGGAGUAGCUUUACACAGAAAGAUCCCCCGGAAAACAGUUUAUGACCAGUUAAAUCACAUCCUGAUUUCAGAUGAGCAGUUGCCGGAAAACAUCAUUUUGAUCAAUACAUCAGACUGGCAGGGACAGUACGUGUCCGAGUUACUACAGAAACACAACCUCCCUAUUGUGUGCACGUGUUCUUCAGCUGAUAUACAAGCAGCAUUCACAACUAUCGUCUCCAGGAUACAACGCUUCUGUAACUGUAACUCCCAAACUCCAAAUCCCAUUAAAGUGACUGUGGCAGGAGCCCAACAUUUCCUGAGCGCUAUUCUACGGCUCUUUGUGGAGCACCUGUCACACAAGACUCCUGACUGGCUUGGCUACAUGAGGUUUCUCAUUAUUCCUCUUGGUUCUCAUCCUGUAGCCAAAUACCUCAGCUCCAUCGAUUACAAAUACAACAUUUUUUUCCAGGAUGCAGCCUGGCAGGAUUUUUUCACCAAAACCGAGGCCCCUUCCAUAGUGCAGGAAAUACCAGACGUUGUUUCUAGAGUUACCCAGUACAUCUCUAGUGCAAACAUUGCCCACCAAUUACCAAUAGCAGAAGCAAUGCUAACGUACAAGCAGAAAAGGAAAAAGAGCUUUCAUUUUGAUUUUAACAUAAGCCCUGAUGAAGACUCUUGCCAGAAAUUCAUUCCCUUUAUUGGAGUUGUGAAAGUUGGGAUUGUGGAGCAGUCUUCAGCCACCUCAGGUGAUUCAGAUGAUGCUGCCACUUCAGGUUCCAGUGUCUUGUCCUCCACACCCCCGGCGCUAUCUCCAGCAAUGAAGGAAGCCUCCCCUACCCCACCCUCCUCACCCUCCGUGGGAAGUGGACUGUAUUCAAGUUCACAGAGCCUUGGUCACGGUGGAGAACUGAUGGGACUGCAGGUCGACUAUUGGAUUGCACAACUGGCCGACAAGAAGAAGGAUCCAGAGAAGAAGGAUGCCACGGCCAAGAACACACUGAAGUGCACCUUCCGCUCGCUCCAGGUCAGCAGGCUGCCCAAUGGUGGGGAAAUUACAACCCUGCCCACUAUGUCCAUGACAGUGGUGACAAAGGAGAAGAACAAAAAGGUGAUGUUUUUGCCUAAGAAAACAAAAGACAAAGAAUUGGAAUCGAAGAGCCAAGUGAUUGAAGGCAUCAGCCGGUUAAUUUGCACUGCAAAACAGCAGCAGACCAUGCUGCGAGUAACGAUUGAUGGCGUGGAAUGGAAUGAUGUGAAGUUUUUCCAGCUGGCAGCUCAGUGGUCUUCCCACGUGAAGUAUUUCCCAAUCGGCAUUUUCACCCAUUUGAAAUCUGCUUAUUAAACUUUCUCAGCUGUACUGGACUGAAAAACCAGCAGCUAGCCAGUGCCAAGAGCCCUUUGCAAGCUGCAAGCAUCCGCUGCUUGUGUGCAGUUUUAAAGCUUUGCAUCGAUUAACUUUAAUGUUUUAAAAAAGAUGAUCCAAGGCAAGGAAUAAUGUAAAAAUCAUUCCAAGUCUUGCCUGACGGUGGUGAGAGCUUCUGAAGCACUGGUUCUCUGUGACAAGGGGAAGAUGGCACUUGGUACCCACCAUGUGUGUUUGUGGCUAUUACCUAUGAGUUUGUUUGGCUCUCAAUAUCUAGGGCUGAAACCUGAAAGUUGAAGGAUGGAUGACAAACCUGUUCACGACAUGGCAUAAUCCAUGCAGAGCAAAGAUUAAUUGUAAAAAGCUGACUUUAGUUGGAUGUUUCUGCAUUAAACUAUAGUUGUAGUUCUUGGAAUACAGGCAGUGUAUCUUUCUCCCCGGAAGUACUUUCUGAAUCAUGAGUUAAGUUAUUCCUUGCCAGGAGCCCACGAACCAUUUCAGUUGGAACCAUUUCACAGAGAGACCCAAAGUGUGAAGUCUGAGAAUAAUUACCACUUGUUUAUUUUGUUUAGUUUUAUUUGUGCUUCUGAAGUGAGGCUUUCAGCUGCCAUGCAAUGCAAAGUGUAGGCUUAAAGAUACUCAUUGCCAGAGCAGCUAAAAAAGGGGCAGUCACACGGCAGUGGGGCUACAUAUAGUCCCACUAGAUGCUUUACUCACCUUCCAGCGCCAGCAAGUGAGGUAGGUUUGCGCAGGUGACAUCUACCAGCUGCUACAUAUCUGUCACACCACAUUUCAGUGAGGCUAUGGCAUAGCUUUUGUGAGCUUUCACUUUCCAGAUGCACUUCUUAGGGUCUUAUCAUUUGUGGUGAUUCCUGAGGAAUAAAUUGAGUCAAACUGAUGAGAUCUUUCCCCCCACAAGUAGGUGUUUGUUUUCACCAUGCACGUUAGUGGACUAGAGCGAAACGUCCAAAAUGCCCAGCGACAGAUAACCCUUUGUGACUAUAAUCUGUGUUCUUGCGAUUUCUAACUACUGUCUUUUGGGUUUGGAGUGGUCAAGGGUGGGAUGCUUCUUUAUCCCAAAUGUAACAUUGAGCCAUUGAGGAAAUAAGUUGGAUCCACUGCUUAAUUUGAGUAUACCCAUCAUUGAAGAGGAAGGAUGCCUGUUUUUCCUUGUGGUCUUGCUUAUAAUUUGCAAUGUAUAUAACAGUUUGUUGGUAUAAGCUUUAAUAUUUAUGGCAUAAUUUGUAUGGAUUUGACUGGGUUUCCUGAAACAGUAUAGCCUCUUGAAGGAGCGUAGAUUGAUUUUUUUUUGACACUAAUAAUUUAUGUUGUACAGUUUUAUAUAGACUGGUGCAGUGACGAUGCAGAAUCUGACACUGUAGGCAUCAAAGGAUAAUUGCGCUUAAGUAAUGAAUCUCUCCCCAUCCCUCUCGCCCUUAUAUGUUGUAUCGGCACAACCACUCUAAAAUAAUGUGACUCAGAGUUAGGCUUGUAGCCCAUCUGAAAAUAAACCAUGUUUGCAUUAAUUCCCUUCACAUUGAAAAUAAUGAUUACUCUCAUUAUGAAGUCUAACCUUAACAGUGUGUAGUUUUCUGCUUCUGCAAAUACCUCAGACCUUUUUUAUUUUAAUGUGCCAAAAUAUUUUUUUAAGGAAUAAUUCUGGGUGCGAAUUCAUUCGAUCUCACCUGCCUUAAGUGCAACUAAAUCAGGACCUUGCCCUGCAGGGUAUAACAUGCCAAUGAACUAGUGCCUCAGAGCGCAUCCAGAGUGUUGGAUUUGCAGGCAGAAAGGGACAAGUAACACUAAAUAUCAACGUCUUAAAGAUUAAAUAACUCAAACGCAUAGAAAUGUCUGUGAUUGCCUUCAGGAUCUGUGGUGCUAGAAUGCUCAUCUCUGCAUUACUUUAUAUGUCUAUGUGAGACCAUAUAUUCAUCCAGAUCUAGUCUAAACUUUAUUGCUACUGAUUUGUAUAAUAUUAGCCAUCAACGAUCAGUAUCAUUUUCAUCACUAUUUCUAUUUCCUAUGUGGCACUGCCUAGUUUAUUGUGAGCACUAUCUUAAAAAAAUGAUUUUGGGAAGUCACUAAUGUCUAAGGUUCUUACCACUAGUAAUUGUGAGCAGAUAAUGUAGCACCAUAUUACCCUCUCUGCUGCGGUCAAAGGUGACUAUACUCAAUUGGGUGAAAUUGGACUUUAAUUGGAAGGUGUGGAAUUGAUUUUGACACGUGCUAUACAGUGCACCCCAAUGUAAAGUGAGGUAUAUAAUGUCAACCCGUGCCUAAAUUGCUUUAUCUCUUAUAUCUAACUUUUCAACCCAUUUUCUCUACACUUAGCCAGACUUAGUGAAAUUGAUUCCUGGAUUGUAUUGAACUGGUCUGAACUGGGAAGUGUCUAAUUUGAUGCCUGAUCUGCACUGCUGCUAAGUAAGUUAUUAUACUGGACGCAGCAUCCUGGGGUUAGAAAAGUGAAACAGUCCACUAGGAUUAUUGCACCUAAUAUCCCCCUCUUUCUAUUCAGUGGGUGUAAGGAGCUUGUUCUUGGAUGUCGGAUAUGAACAGAGUUGGCUUUGGUGUAACAUGUCAGAAAGCAAAACCUUGCAUCC